CGUUUAUAUACCACUCACCAUAUGAUCGCUAUGUCUGCCAACUUGCAUGUUCCAGAGACAAGCUCUAAUAAUCUGUCGGGAAGCUCAGGUGACUGUGAGCGGUCCUCUUUGAAUUCGGAUAACCUUCAUCGAUUGCGUACGGGAAAGCGAGGCAGACCCCGAAUCGACCCUUCGCAGAAUGGCCUAGUAGAGAGGCGCCGUAACCAAGUUCGGAAAGCACAACGGACUUACAGGUCUCGCAAAGAGGAAGAAGCUGCUUCUCGCAUGAAUUAUGUGCAGGUUCUUGAAAAUCGAAUCAGGCAUAUGACACAAUCUUUCCUUCAAUUAAUAUCUUACGUUCAAAAGGCGGAAAUUGCCCCGGGGCAGUCUGAUCCCACGCAUGAGCUUCACAACAUUACUCGCGACUUUUUGUCAUCGUCUCAAAUUAUCGAGCAUUUCAGCGAGUCACAACACGAUGAUGGAUACACGUACGACAAACACCCAAUAGGUGACCCUAUUUCGCCCAGCCCAGUGGGAUUUGCCAAUAUCCACACCUCUUGCCCUACCGAAUUACCAUUACCAGCCACUAUACCCAUCGAAACGUCAAUUCAUGCGCCCCUUCACCAGACCACCCCUCGUUUCCUCGAAGCAGAAGUCCCAAUACCAAAUAAUUUCGCUCAGCGGCUCUAUUCUACUUGUAUCAAACGGGCUCACGGCCUACUCACCGACCCAUUUGCGGACGGGGAUGAAGUCGCCCGCGUUUUCCAGUACUCAUUCUAUUACUCAGAUGUCAACACGAUGAUUUCGACAUUUGACAUAUUGCUACAGACAAAUGCGGAUUAUCAAUUGGCAUAUGUGUAUCAGGUAGGUGGUGCGGGGACACAUUACAAAAAAAGGCAGCCAGCCAUCGACAUUGCCCAUACUGCCUCAUUAGGACCGGAUUCGUCAUGUAUGAGUAAUGAUGAAACGUGGUUCGAUCCUCGAGAUAUUGAGGGUUGGCUUGAAGAGAACGGACUUGUUAUUGGAGGGGAGCAGUCCUUUAUGUAUCUUUCGGAAAUUCGCUCGUUUGAAUCCUACAAGGAUAUGACAUUGUGCCCAGAGGCUGCGCCCUCUCUGUCUUCACAUCUGGAUGUUAGGAAGAUUGCCAAGGUUCUUGACGUGAAUCGAUUUCUUCAAGAGACGCUGACGGCACAUCUCGAACAGAACUUAUUUCGAGGGGGGUCUGUUUGGGCGGUGCACCUGGAUUUCGCCGUUUGGACGUUGAAGCUGCAUUUAGUCUCGCGCUAUCAGAUGACACGACUUUCUUCUCUGAAAAUUCAAGUCAUAAUUCAUAAUGCGUGGGCAGAUUUCACUCUUAUCUCAACGUGGGAAUUGGUCUAUUUCCGAAGAAUGAUUGGCUAG